UUGUGUGAUUCGACUGUCAUGUCUCGAACCUCCGUUCUUCACUUUUGUUCUUCUUCUUUACCUACCACCACCUACAGCCAAUGUGUCGUUUUGUGAUCUACAAGGGCACGUCUCCCGUCCAACUCUCACAUCUUCUAACGCGACCAUGCCAUUCAAUAAUAAACCAAGCAUUUGACUCUCGUUUACGACUAGAUCGCCGGAGACCGAUGAACGGAGAUGGGUUUGGUGUUGGAUGGUAUGAUUCUGUAUACGACGAGGAAUUGGGUGCCCAGCCUUGCAUAUUCACGUCUGUCACACCAGCAUGGAAUAAUAUCAAUCUUACACGACUCGCUGAAAAGAUCAAGUCACCACUAGUAUUUGGACACGUACGAGCUACGACAGCGGGAUCAUUGUCUCUAGACAACUGUCAUCCGUUUGUACACGGAAAGCUCAUGUUCAUGCACAAUGGUGGUAUCGCCGAUUUCCAUCUGAUCAAGCGGAAACUGCAGAGUCAAUUGCCUGAUGUCGCCUUUGAUAUGGUCCAAGGCAACACAGACUCUGAAUGGGCCUUUGCACUCUUUCUAUCAAAGCUUCCAGACCCGAACGCCACGACCUUUAGCUCCCAAACACUGCGAAAGGCGAUGCUUGACACGAUUGCUUCCUUGAAUACCUUUGCGGAAGAGGUUGGGAUCACUGAGCCGAGUCUUAUGAACUUUUGUGUAACGGAUGGGGAUGCUGUCAUUGCUACUCGGUAUAUCUCAUCACGGAAAGAUGAAGCAGCUUCCCUGUGGUUCUCGUCCGGCACAACGUUCAGUGAAUACGCCGAUGGCGGUCACUAUAAAAUGUCAAAGGCUGACAAGCGAGAGAACAUAAUCAUGAUUGCGAGCGAGCCACUUACGUUUGAACGAGCUGAUUGGAUGGAAAUAAAAACCAACACCAUGGUUGUCAUCACGCCCAAGAUGAAUCUCUUACAAAUACCGAUAAUUGACCAAUUUUACGUCGCACCUUCAGAUCCUAAUUCUGCUCGAACCAUCGAGUUUGCACGAGAGAAGGGGUUACUUACGCCUCGCAAGGAGCUAUCUUCGCCAUAGAUUAUAUAGAAUACCAUAGUUUUUGUUGUACAUACUAACUGGAAGGAAGUUGUUUUAUUACCCGACGGUGUUCCUCGAUGGAAACGAGCCGCGGUCCGUACUACAGCUCCUCAAGGUACAGAGGCGGUAUCUACGACGCUAGCUACAAUGUGCGAACUACAGAAAAGACCAAAUGAGGAGUAAUGCUGCUACACCCGUCCUAUGCUCUGCGGCUAUGGUAAA